UAUAGAUGUACAUUGAAUGAAUAUGAUUCUAGUUUGGAUGAUUGUCGGAAGAAGAUGACCGUUUAGAGAUGUACAUUGAAUAAGUAUGAUUCUAGUUUGGAUAAUUGUUGGAAGGAGAUAACCGUUUAUAGAUGUACAUUGAAUGUGUAUGAUUCUAGUCUUGGAAGUACAUGCAGGUCCUUGAAAUUUUAAGAUGUUUCAAUUCCUUUAUUCAGAUAUUUCAUUUUCUUAAGGCCCAAUAAACAGUUCAAUGUUCUUUUUAGUGAUUAGAGCUGAUGGAGUGCUAGAAGAGUAGGCUUUCAAUUUUUAUUCAUUCAUUGUCUUAAUUCUAUGGCAUUUUGGGUGGAGCUAAAUGAAGACCUUUUGUUUUUUUAAUUAUAUUGUUUUGUGAUAAUGAUGGUCAAUAUUACAUAUUUUAGUUUACAGAUUACCUUUGUCUCUAUGGUGUUCUCAUUGGGAAGUGGGAGAAUGGCAGUCAUGGCUCGGAACUUGGCAGGAAAUAUCUCAAAGACAAUAUCAGAAGAAGUUGGACAUCAGAAAUCAGGUGCUCAGUACAUUUGCAGAGAAUUAUGUGAUGCUGAUCAACCAAAUUUGCUUGACGAAGAAGAUAUGCAUGUUUUUGGCUUGAGGCCCAUUGCUGACCCUUUGCAUUUGGUAUGUUGCAAUACUUGUAAGAAGCCAAUAAAGACAACUCAAUAUGCAGCUCAUGCAGAACUAUGUUGGUCAUCAGAAUCUAUAGAAGGAAGUACUUUCAAGUUUGAUGGUGGUGUAGGACGUAGGAAACCACCAAGGAAAGAGAGAAAAAAGUUAUUAGCUGCUUAUCCUAAUCAAUUCACAGCUGGUGGGGAGCAAGAAAGAUCUAGUCCAAUAGAUGAAGAUGAAGCAACUGCAUCAAAAUCUCAGUUUGAAACCGGAAUGACUUCUUUGUUCUCCACGAAUAGCAAAGGAAAUUCAUGUGGAGGUGUGCCAUCCAGUAUAGGUGGUACAGUAUUGAGUCCUGAGAAUACAGAUCAUUCAGCAUUUGUGGUACCACCUCCAACAAAACGUUCUAGACAGAUGGCAGUUGAGCAUUUGGUUCUACCAGAUGAUCCAGAAAGAGCAUCUGGAUUGACAAAAAUCACUAAUGCAUGUAAGAUUGUAAGGCUAAAAUGACUUUUAUACUUCAUCCUAAUUUUAAUCAGUUGGGGAUAUCUUUUAAUUAAAUGUAGGCAAUAGACAGUAAAGCCAAAAAUCAGCAGACUUUGACAUUUGUUUCAUAAGUACAAUGCUUUUGUAUUCCCUCAUGUUAUUGACCACUCUUCUCUCAUCUGUAUAUAAAUAUUUUGCUACUUCUCUGUUUCUUGUUUAUUGUAGGUUUAUGAAGUCUUUGGUUGAUGACACCUAUUAUUUUAUGUAAUCAAUGUACUUUAGGUUUGGAGCAGUUUAUAAAGGAAAUAGUGAUUGUUCAGUAUCAGUACUCCCCUCUUGUUGCAACUCCUAAGAACCUUAGAUACUAGCAUUUUGCCUUAUAAUAAUUCAAUCUUCUUUGACCCUCAAGACAGACGAACAUGUUCAAUUCCUGAAGACAACGCUUCACAUAUUAUGUGGGGAUAAGGUCUAUGUACAUGUCGCCCACUGUUGGAGGCUUUUGCACGGGUGUUGUUUACCUUCUUAAACCCUCAAGCUUCAGUUUAUUUUAAGGCACUCAAUUUUUCAUUCUUAAAUUUCUUCAGCAAGUCUGAAGAAUCAUUAUUUGGAUUUUUGUAGACUUCAAGCUUGCAAAAGCUAUGAGGAUGCCAACUUUGGCUCUCUGUCUGAUCAAAAGUUUGGAAUCCAAGUUUAUUCAAAAUGUUUUUCCUACAAGAGAGAUCUUGGACCAUAGGUGAGAUAUUACAUAUCGUCUUCUCAUCUAGGCGAGGGAUGAACACGUAGGA